GACGUCUAUCAUCAUACAAGACUCGUCCACGUGAUCGUGAUCCAUCUUGCCUGCGGCCAACCUGAACUUCGAAUCAGCGCCGACCUGACAGUGUGACAUGCUCAGAGCCCACGUCCUAUGGCCCAGGUUACGUUCCACGACGCGGAUACGACUGCCACAUGCUCCCCAACGCCAAUUCGGAUCUUUCUCCGUGAUCCUACCUGAAGAACCGUUCAUCUACGGCGUGAAGCACCUGCAGCCGCGGCACGUCCCUGCCCACAUCACCCGGCCCGCGUACGCCGGCGCCCCCGAGCAGCAGCGCCCGCCUGAGGACGUGGGUGGGAAACUGCAGCUCGGUGGUGAUGCGGAGAGGCGGCUGAGAGCGGCGGCACGGCUCGCGCGCGACGUGCGCGUGUUCGCGGGCUCGCUUGUGAAGCCUGGCAUCACGACGAACGCCAUCGACGCGAGGGUGCACGAGUACAUCCUCGCGCAUUCGGCGUACCCGUCUCCGCUGCUGUAUUCUGGGUUUCCGAAAUCAUGCUGCACAAGUGUCAACAACAUCAUUGCACACGGCAUCCCUGACGACCGGCCGCUAGAAGACGGAGACCUGGUAUCCAUUGACAUCACCGUCUACCUUAACGGGUAUCACGGAGACACCGCGGAGACAUUCUUGGUCGGAGACGUGGAUGAGCCCGGGAGGGAACUGGCGCGCCUGUCCAGCGCAGCCACAGAGGCGGGCAUCCGCGUCUGCGCGCCCGGACGAAGGUUCAGCGAUAUCGGCGCGGCGAUCUACGAGUCUGUCCGGCACACGGAGCAUUCCGUCUCCCCGCAAUUCACAGGGCAUGGGAUCGGCACGGAGUUCCACCGCAAGCCGUGGAUCAUUCAUGACAGGAACGGCGAGCCCGGGAUCAUGGAGCCGGGGCAUUGCUUCACUAUCGAGCCGUGCAUCGUCCAAGGCAAAGAGCCGACAUGCUGGGUCUGGCCGGAUGGAUGGACCGCGUCGACUGAGGAUUGUGCAAGGAGUUGUCAGACGGAGCAUAUGGUUCUCAUUACUACCGAUGGGGCGGAGGUUUUGACUAGAUAGAUUGUGUCAACGAAGAGACCAGAUAAAAGCUUCGACAUCAGGACACACAGUGACGCGCUCUACCAACUGAGCUAAGAGGGAUGUCCUUGGACGGAAAUCUGUUAGUAUAUUCUCAGUGAAUUCAUUGGGUCGAACUCGAGGUGUUGUUCUCAUUCCGGAGUGGCAGUGCACACGCGUCUAACAACCACGCGCAUCUUCAAUCCUAUUUAAACUCAUUUCUCAUCCGACAUUCUCUUCCUUUACCACGUAACUCAAUGUCCGCACCACCCCCACCCGAACGUAAAUUCCGCUUCCCUCCCUUCCCCGAUGUCCCCGAGGGAGUCACGAUCACACCCUUCGCGCAGUUCCAGCAGUCCGGGAUCUGCACGACGAUUGGCGCGGACGGGGUGGAGCGCGAUGCGCUGGGAAUCCCCACGAUCGAACUGAGGAGCAAAAGCGACGCUAAGACAAGCGAUGCGGGCGCGGGCGCGCCGCUGCCCGGACUCAAGGUGUGGUGGGAAGAGUGGGACGUCGCGGAGAACACGAGGACGUGCGUGUACGAUGAGAGUGAGGCUGCGGCGAAUCGAUUGCAGCAGGCCGCGACGGACUUCACCAAGUCGCGUCGGUGGCCCCUGCCCUCAACUAAUCUCGAACAUUCAUGGCACCAGUUUAGAAUCUAUGCAGGUCUCCUCACACCGCAGCCUACCUUGAAAAAAACUGUUCAGAUGUUCAACGCCGGAGAAGCCGACCAAGACGAUGGUGAUGGCGAUCCGGAAGGCGGGCAGGACGACCAAGACGACCUCAGAGCCGCGGAUCAGGCGCCACCGCAAACGUGCGAAACGGACCGUCCCUCGCCUCACGCGUCAUCCGAGUUGUCCGGGACGGAUGCCCCACAGAAAAAAUCCCAGGAGCAGAUCCAGAAGCUUCUUGAAGAGGCACGUUCCAGAAAGGACGAGACAUUGGCACACUUCCUGGGCGAUCCCGCGCGCGCAAUCCGGCUGUUCUUGUCUUCCUGGAUGAAGUACCAGGGGUUAUGCUACUACGAACCGAAUCUAAUCAACACGCCGCGCCUGCUCCAUUUCUUCGUGCGCUAUCUUCGUCGGAACCGCGUGCUUCCGGACAAGACCUCUGAUCGCAGCCUUGCCCAGGCCAUGGAGAUCAUCGAUACAGCGCUCAUGGAACUACCCCUUACUUCGAAAGUCUCUAGGGAGCUGAGGGACGCGUUCUCUCGAGCGUGUAGUGCGCAGUGGGGUAGCAAGGAAGAGAACCUGUGGGACUUACUGGGUCAUGAUCCCUUCGAAAAGCUCAGCGACGCACCGAACGAGGUGUUCAGCGACGAGCCGAACGACGGGCAGGCCCUCCUCACGAACGAGGACAUCGAGGUGAUCGCCGAAGAAGCUGCGUUCGAUCCGAGCUCGUUCUAUCCGGAGGCCGACGAGGACCCGCAUCUGGCCUGGGCGGACCCCUUGCCGCGAGUCACGCUCGAGUCCCUGGUGGGAGCGGCCGGUGUCGGAAUAGCUUCUACACACACGGCGGGUAUGGUUGAGCGCUCGAUGCGCCGGGUUCGCCAGAUCCUCGAGCCCGUACAGAACGUGCCGCCGCCUAGCGCACCGCUGGACGGCCCUGGGCCAGUCCCGGACGACGUCGAACGCGCUUUGGAGGGGCGCCUGUGGCGGGUCGUGCUGGAGCCGUGGCCGAAUUGGGAUGGCGAAGAAAGCUCGGAUGUGUUGGCGGAGCCGGAGACUCUGCGCUGCUCACAGGAACCGCUCAGACUGAAGCACUCAUUCGAUGGGGACAUCACGAUCCUUGUGACUGCAGAGUCUGCUGCGCUUUUGCGUGUCGGGAUGGGUGUUGGAGGAAUUUGGGUUCAAAUGGCCCGCCAGGGAGACUUCGAAGAGGAAGAUCCCACCAAGAAAAAGAAGCUGACCAAAGCCCAAAAGGAGAGGCUGAGGCUGCGCUACUGGUAUGUUGAAGAUGUCGCAAAUGUUCUGCCCAGUUACUGGCUUGUUUGAUUGUUCAUUAUCAUCCACUCGCUCAUCGUUUAGUUCUGUAUAUGCUUUGCUGUAUCUUGCCACCCUCGCCAAAUCCUGUAUCGACAACGGAAACCGAAUAAAUGAAUGUACAUUGCAUUCCGC